AGUCAGCCGCUGGAGCAGGAGGGGUGUUUUGCUGCAGCUACUCCUGUCAAGAAGGAUUUACGACUUGGAAGGAAGAAAAGGAAAAGAGAGAGAGAGAGAGAGAGAGAGAACCUGAGUUGGAGAUUUCGCAACUGUGCAGGGAGCGAGAAAUUACCAAGCCCUGGAAGGGUGGGUGUCUCGACUCACGGCCAGAGGGGUGGCAUAAAAAGCACAGUUCCUGCCUCACGCUGGGAGAGACUUUAAUAUGACUGAGUUUAGACAGCCAUCCUCUCUUCCCCGUUUCAAGGUUUUGGGUUUAAGGUAGCUGAGCACGAAGUUGCUAUGUGGUCCCGAACUCCACUGCCUCUUUUCUGCUUGCAGUUUCUCCUGGGACAAGCACGCCUGCAGAGAGAUCCUCUGCCCGCCGUCCCCGAUUUGGAAGGGGACCUCCUCUUCCUGCUGGACAGCUCCGGCAGCGUCUCCUACUACGAGUUCUCCAGGGUGAAAGAGUUCAUCGCUGAUCUCCUCCGGCCGUUCACUUUCGGUCCGCAGGAUGUCCAGGCCGGUGUUGUCCACAUCAGCACGAUGCCCAUGCUGGAGUUCCCCUUCGACCGCCAUCACUCCAGCGGGGCGAUCCAGCAGGCCGUCCGAAGCAUCCAGCAGGUGAUGGGCGACACCAACACGGGAAAAGCCCUCUCCUUCGCCAAGGAGAAGCUCCUCACGGCCGAGGCCGGGGCGCGGGCGGACGUGCCCAAAGUGCUGGUUUGGGUGACGGACGGGUUCACCACCGACGAGGUCUCCAAGCCCAUGCAAGCCCUGAAGGACAUGGGGGUGACCGUUUUCAUCGUCAGCACCGGCCGCGGGAACUACCUGGAGCUUUCGGCAGCUGCCAGCCAACCCCCGGAGAAGCAUCUCCACUUCGUGGACGUGGACGACCUGACGAUCAUCACCAAGGAGCUGAGGGACGCCAUUGCAGAUGUCAUCCAGGCCAAGCGUCUGCGGGCCACGGACGUCUCUUCGAGCAGCUUCCGGCUUGUGUGGCCACAGCUUCUGACUCGCAACACUGGAUAUUACAUUCUGGAAUACGCCCCGACCGGGGAGCCCCGGCGGAAGCAGACCAGGCAGCUGAGCGGCGACCACACCAGCGUCCUCGUGGGCAAGCUGGCGCCACACACCACUUAUGAGGUCGCCCUCGUUCCAGAGUCCAACGAGCGAUACAUCCCGCCCCAAACCACACGGGUCACGACGCUGGAAGAGACCAUCAGCCCGGCACAGGUGCUCAUCUCGGAAUCCAGGCCCCACAGCAUCCGGGUGAGCUGGUCUCCCACGCCGGACAGCGUGUCUGCCUACCAGGUCCUCUACGGCCCUUUGCCCGGGAACUCGGUCAAGCUGGUGGAGGUGAAGGGGAACCUCAACAGCACCACCUUGGGGCACCUGCGGGCCAACACAACCUACCUGGUGACCGUCUCCGCCAUUUACAAGUCAGGCAAGGAGAAAGCGCUCUCAGCCAAGGCGUGCACCCUGGAAGAGAACUCCAAGAUAAAGCACCUCCGCUUUGAGGACCUGAGCCCCAGCACAGUGAAGGCCUCCUGGGAUGCCGCCGGCGGCGACGUCCUCGGCUACCGCAUCCGGUGCCAGCGGCAGGCCGGCCCGUCGACGCUGCUCAGCGUCUCGCCGCAGGUCCACAGCGUGCUGCUCUCCGACCUGGCGGCGGGGACCACCAACAAAGUGUGUGUGAAGCCCGUCUACAGGAACCUUUCCGGGAAGGGGCUGUGCCAGCUCGUGCGCAUGCAGCCCGCUUCGGCAACAAGAACCUACAGCCACCGACCGAGAGAGCGAGCGUCGCAACACUAGAGACACCUCUGCGGAGCAGAGGGAGGAGGUCGAAAUGUGGCGGGGCACCCGUAUGAGGGAAACCACACUCCCAAACCUGCUCCAGCCCCUCGGCUCCCUUCAUGCCCCCACGUUCCCAAGAUUCGGCCUGGCACGUCCUGCCAGACGAUACUGUGACGAGCCGUUGGCGACCUAUCCUUCCUUGUUUUCCAGCAAAUGAUGAAAGACUGGAAGCCCAACUUUCUUGCCCCUUACUGUACUUCUAUUUAUUUGUGUUCAGUAUUUGUUGUAGGUGGGAAAGGAGCUUAGGGGUCCCUCGUAUCCACGCCCCACAACUGCUUUUAGCCUUGAUUUCACUAUCCUGGCCACCAGAAGCAUUUUGGCUGCGUAACCUUAACCGACGCCACAGCGAUUUGGUAGAAGGCCGGUGGGUGUGAGGCACGGGGCGUAUAAUUAUGAGCUGAGACUACUGUCAGAGAUAAGGUUUCAGGCAUGCUCUUUUUGGACACUGGGUUAUCAUGCUGUGUGAACCCACUACGCUAGCAAGCCAUGGCUUGUUGACCACACACACAACCCGUGCAUGCUUGUUGGGUUGUGAGCUGCAGGGUUUCCCCCCUGGUUUGUUAUCUCAGCUGGGUUCAGAGGACACGAGAAACCACACACACGAGUAACAUCCCGGUUUCCCUGGCAGCCUCACACUGAACUCCCGCCCACCACAUUAAAAGAUGGGAUUGUCCAAAGAAAUGGAUGGGGAAUGGACGAAAGGCAGGCUGGAGGAAACAGUUUUCCAUCCAGGGCGUUAUUAACUUCCGGAACUCACCUCCGCGAGAAGUGGGAACAAACUGGUGAUGGAUUUGUUGAAGGGAAGGUCUCUUCGUGAAACUUCCAGGUUUUGAGGCAGUAGAGCUGUGAUGCUGGUCACCGGCAUCCACUGAGGGAACGGGGAAGGCCUGCUUAGCAUCUUACCUUGUCGUGCUGGCCACAGUUCAUCCAGCGGUUUGCAAAGAGCAGCCCUAACUGAGCAAGCUGGCACUCUUCACCUGCACAACAGAUGCCAGCCACGGAGUUGUGUUGCUUAACCCGAAAGCACUUGUCUCUCUGCGGCGACCGCAGUGCGCGGCCAAGCACUUUCCGCGAAGGAGCGUUUUCCCCUUGAUUAAAUAUAUGUAUGUAAUAAUGAA